UUUCAUCCAUUUUCUGUGUUACAUUCUCAUUAAGAAAAAUAAUUUUCUGACGUUUGUUACCAGGCAUUCUUUUCUCUCUCUUUUUUUUUUUUUUUUUUUUUUAAACUUCAUUUAUUUUGUUUUCUCCUGGGUGCCCUCCAAUAUAUUGUCAUUCUCCUUGAACUGCAGACAGUGCAUUUUUUAAGCAAUUAAAUCGAUGUCAAGAAGAUCUUUGUGUGGCCUGAGGCUCCAGGUUCUCCGUUUCGCAGAGAACUGCAAGGAGUGUUGGGUUCCUGGCCACAACCUGGCCCUAUGAAGCUGCUUUGGUCCUUUCAAAGUUGCCAGCGUGGUAAAAUAGAAUCUCCCACUGCUCUGUUUCAUCUUCCUUUUUAAUCGUUGGGCUCCUCUUAGUCAUGUUAAUAUGUUGGCUGCAGCGGUAGUCAGCGACAUGCCCUUUUUGUAUUGCUCUUGCCAGUUUUCAGCAUCUGUGGAGGAUCAUGUCAUCUGUUCCAUGAAGAAGCUUUGUAUUUUCCAGGUCAGUUAAGAAUCUGUAGUGCAGAGAAACCCUGGAUCCCUCCAGGGUCUUUGAAGAUACACAAGUGCUUGAUGAUUGGUUCCUGCGUUCCGAAAAACAACCACCCUGCUUUCAAAACAUGACUUAAAUCUUUUUAAUAGGUGCUACUUUAAAGCAUUAUCAGUUUUUUAUUUUGGAAAUUCCUUUAUGGAAAUGGUAUGGAGAGCAGUCUCAAGACGAGUUCCUCACACAAGCUUACGGGAUCGUUGCCUGCUACCUAUAACGCUCAGCCUGCUAAUAAAAAAAAUAAUCAAAUUAGAAUUACUGAAUGCAUUCUAAUAUGACAAUAUUUUUGCUGUGCUUUAGGAAGCAAUGUCAAGGAGAUCUUGCUUUCAGUUCCUAAAAGUUUCAUCUUGAGGCUAUGUAGAUGGUGAUAAACGGUAUGUUUUUAAAGGUAUUGACUCCAAUGUUUUAAGUUGAUUGUGUUUUCUUUCUUAAGCUGCAGCAGUGUCAGGGAAAAAAAGCCUGAAUUACAGCGUACUUGAAGUUCUCUUGUAGUGAGUUCUUAUGUAGGGUUCAUGUUGUAUGGUAAGAUUUCAAAUGCAGUAGGAUGUAAACUGCCUUGGGGACAGUGCUAAAUACAGUCUCAGUGUGCACAGGUGUUUCUGUUCUCGCUCCCACUGCUAUUCUCCACGGCGAGGUGGGGAGCUGGGACCUCAGAGCCAUGCUGGUCACUGGUGAGGCUGGAAGCGGGUUGUGUAGGUGCUGGUGUGCUGGGACAGAGCUCGAGCGCUCCGGUUUGCAUUGUUGUAGAUUGCUUCACCAUGUUCCAAACGCUGGUUUUGAUUGUGGCUGACAGGUAGUCAUCUGAACAGCUGAAGCUGUGUUCAUCUGCUGUUAAAUCACAAAAAUGUGUGCCGUGUUCAUCUGGUCCUUGUCUGAAGAGAACGUGGCCUUCAGGUGGUACAGGCAGCAGUAUUUCCGUCAGGCUGUCCUGAUAUUUAUGCUGGUGCAGGCUGUGUUGUGGCAGGCUGCGUUCCCUUUGUGUGCAGAGCCGUGUUCACAGUCGUGGCUCAUCAAAAUGAUUUCUCCUCCCUACAAGCCUUGCUUCUGUCGUCCUGUACUUAACUUCAGCCAUCUGGUUUUUAUCCUGCUCCUUAUUUCUUGCAGGCACUGUUUUGUCUGUGCAGUGGCACUGCUCCUAUUGAAGGAAGCUUGCGGUGGAGUAUUGUAAGGACACCGUUACCAGGUCUGCUGUGACAUAGCUUAUCCUGGAGUAAAUAGAAGUCAAUGAAUGAGAAUGGAAAUCACUGGAACCUCUUCAUUAGCUGAGAAGAGCUCAGUCGCACUGGGGAGCGCUUGGGCAGCGCAAUCAAAGCAGCCCAGAGCAGGAGGGCUGAGAUGGGCACUCCUGUCCUCCAUGCUCCCCAUUUUCCCCCUGCUUUUUAUGCUGUCUGUUUGCAGCUGGAAGGAAUUCCUGCAGAACAACGCUGCUCAUGCCCUUUAUCUCUUAGGAAACCUGAUUUCUGCACUGAUGCUGUCUCUUUGGUUGUACAGUCCCGUAUUGAGCAGCAGAUUGAUUUGUUACUCGCUUGAGGAAAAACACGGUCUUCAGAAAACCAUAAUGGCUGUGUAGUAGUUGGUGAGACUGUCAUAAUUAGUUGGAAGGAGAAAUGCAGAAAGGCGAUAAUGAUGAUGAGUUCCUGGUUGAGUACAUGCCCGACUUGGCGAGCCCUCUUGUUUCCAUUCGGAGAAGGAUUUUUGCUAAUUGCUCUCCUUUGGUGUUAGCCCAGCUCUAGGACCUGACCCUGUGUUGUGUGUGGCUGAAUGACAGUCCCAGUUAUUUGUUAUUUUAAGCUUGAUGGCAACCGCUGUGGUCUCUGGUGUUUCUUCUGUGCUGGCAGUCUGUGUCCGUCUCUGUCCGACCCAGACGUAUGGGUUUUACAGCACUGAAUUUGAGACGGUUCUUUACAAUAGAUAGCACUGACAUUUGGUUAGCGUGACCUAUAUUUAUAGCAGCUAAUCUAAAAUAACAAACUGCUUAGUGAUAGUUCAGAGGGAAAGUUAUGUAACUGCGAGACUCCAACUUUUAUAAGGCACUGCUAGGAUUUAUUUAUUUUUUAAACUUACCCUUUUUGCAUAGCUGUCAAACUUUCUGUAACAGCUGUAAAGAUGUGACUUUGGUAGGGCUCAAUCUGCAGUGAUAGUAGAUUUGUGCAUAGCUAUAGAAGUUGUAGAAAAUAAAAAUUAAAAAUGCAGGUAAUAUAGAAAAAUAUACAACUCUCUUUUUUUUUUUUUUUUUUUUUUUAAUCAAAUGAAACUUCCUGAGGGGUAAAAACAGUGUUUGUUGCUAAACAGGUGUAAUACAAGAAGUUCCCUGUGGUGCGGUGUUUCACUUGCAGAAAGCUGAAGCUCAUAAACAGAAUGUGUUUAAAAUGUUUUCUAUGAAAAGAUAAAGGCACAAGAGGAUUAAAUAAAAUUUAAAAACAUAUGACAAGGUGAGUCACUUCUAAAUAUUACUAAACUUUCUGUCAUGGUCUGUAUUGGAAACAUUCAUACGCAAUCAAUCUGUGGAGUAGCACAGGUAUUUUAGAGGGACUUACUGAAUGAGCCGAAAGAGCAUCUCUGAAAUGCUGUGCUACUGACCUGUCUGGGAGUCUACCAACUACACCAGGUGUUUCAAGCAUCUUGUUAUUCGCUGCAGGAGCUGAGGGUGCAGCCCUGCUGUCUUCAGCAGGUGUCCUGAGAAGGCUUUGCUGCCCAGAUCCCCGGGAGGAACUCCCUGAGAUGAACCACAUGAAGCCCUGGGCCCGCCUUGAGGUCACCUACGGUGAUAUUUCAGAUGUGAGCUCUUUCCCAUGGAGCUGAGAGCUUCACCGCAGCUUAAGCUAUGGAGGAGGACAUCCAUCACAUUCAGAAACAGAUCUUCUUCAUAGACAGACAUACACAGCUUCUCAUCAGCUUCCUGGAUACUCUGCUACGCACCAUCCUACUGGUCUUUCAGGAAUUUUUGAUACUGGUAUGCACACCUCUGGAAGUAACACUAAGGAAACUUCAGUUAUGAAUUUUCUCUCUGCAAUUGAGUCUCGCACAGCUCAGACAGCCUCUUCAGGAUCUACCCUUUUGCCACAAUUCAGGGCUCCUUCCUGGCAGACAGGUAUGCAUUCCUCAACAGCCACAGAACUAUUUGUUACUGGAGCAUUGCCAACCUCUGGAACCUUUCCACCAACAUCUGCUUUAUCAGCUUAUCAGCAUCCAAACACGUUCAGCAGUAGAAACUUUGCUACUACUCCUUCUCUUACUCUUCAAGAUACUACUUUCAGUGCUACAUCAAAUGGCCUCUUAACUACCCAUGAUCCUUUAUUACAGAUCAAAACAUCACAAGGCACUGUUCCAGCUGCUUUGACAUUUGAGCGCCUCGGCAGUUCUGUUUUAAGUACCAGCGUACCACCUCAGUCAUCAACGUAUCGUUCUGCUCAAGAGUCUGCACCCCAUCUUUUGCAACCUCAAUUUAGUUUGCUGCCUUCAACCAUUGGAGGAGCUCAGCAGGUUUCUCAGGCAUACAGCACAUCUGUCUUUACUGGUUCCACGGCUUCUAUCGAUAGAGCACUUCAGCGAGAAUGUAGUGUUAUUAAGCACCAUCAGCGGCCUUCAAGUACUCAGCCUGUUCAGGCUCAAUUGACUGUCUCACAGCAUUCCUUACACAGCUAUUUAACGAGUACAAGUGGAAUUAAUUUUCAGGAUACGUGCAGGCACUCAGCGUUAUCCUGCAGUCCAGUUGGAGAUGUUACUCAGGUGAGCAAUGGAGGACCACAGCAGAAGACUUCUCAAGUCACAGUGGAACUUGCUCAGUCUUAUGCGUCUGCAGUUCCAUCACCUGGCUUUCCAUCUGCUUCUGCAGCAAAAGUGAAAAACUGUUCCACAAAACAGCCUCCAAGGUCAACGAAGACCCCCAAACCUCAGAGCAUAGCUCCCCCCGUGCAGACACAAAGCUAUGCUAAAACUGCACAAAACCAGAGUUCUGUCAUCACAGGCCAAGCACAGAUCUAUUCUACAGCACAGCUGCCAAGUCUGUUGUCAGUCAGCCAGUCUCAAAAUUAUAUUUCUUCCCAGGCUCAGAAUGUGCCACCUGUCAGUCACCCGCAGGAUUUCUCAUCUAGCAAGGUUGAGAAGCUGCCCACAUUGUACAAAACAUUGACUUUUUCUGGGCAGUCACAAACUAUUACUUCUGAUAGCCAAACUCUGAGUUACUCCUCAGAUGAGCAAGUUCUGACUUCAGUUCCAAAUGAGAACUACUCUCCGCAGACAAGGGAACUUUCUUCAGUCAGCCAAUCUCAGAGUUACUCUUCUAGUCACUCUCAGGGUUUAUCUCCAGUUAGCCAAUCCCAAGUUAGCUUUUCAUCUCAAUCACAAGUUUUAUCAGCUGUUAGUCCUUCAGAAAGCUAUUCUUCAGGGCAGUCUUUAGCAUUAACAUCACCUUCUCUUCCCUUUUCUGCCUCUCCUCGGAUACAGACUCUUCCAGCCUCAAGUCCCAGUCAGAGCUAUAUUUCUUUGCAUUCUUCCCAGAACGCUCAGUCGCAAGAAUCCUCCUCCCCGCAGUCUCAAAAGUUUUUGCCAUCUGUCCAGUCUCCUCCUUUUGCAUCCCCGGCUCAUUCACAGGCACUGCAGAACAGCAGGCCUUCCUCAGACACAAAAGCAUACGUAAAAAGGAAAUCAGACUCUAACUUAUAUGCAUCAUCAAAGCAAGAGGAAGAGUUGUCAAUGCAGGAUAUGCAGGCUUUGCAACGACAAGCUUCUCUUGAGUCUUCCACCCAAAGGCUAACCGAUGAGGAGAUCGGUGCUCAGGAUGCAUCCUAUCGGGUCACGAAAGCAGAUGACCGAUACUCUCAAAGCGUAAUCAGAAGUAACUCUCGUCUUGAGGAUCAAGUUGUUGGACUUACUCUUCAAGGAGCAAAAAAGGAUGAGAGAAUGGCUAAUACUGUGGAACAGCUCUCCCAACAUAUUGGCCAUAUCACUAAUUUAAGCCAUGAUAUGAAAAAAACAGCUAAUUUAAUGCAAUCAGCACAAGUAAAUGUGAGUUCUAAAGAACUAAACCAGCAACAUUCUCUUAUGCAUAAGGUACAUGAAAGUAAAGCUUCAGAACAGCAAGGCCAGAUCAUUAGUACGACUCCGCAGGUGCAGCCCCAUGCCUUAAGGCAUGGUCAUCAGCUGUGUUUGCCUGGUGCACAGGUGCUUCUGGAGUCAACCUGUGACUUGCAGAUUCUGCAUCAGUCAAUCCUGCAGUCGGGUUUAGGACAAGCAAAGGUACCACCGCAAGUGCAAAGAAUACAGAGCCCUCAGCAGGUGGCGCAUCCGUUCCUUCAGAUGGAUGGACAUGUUAUUCAGAGCAAUGGGGGUCAUUCUCAGCAACAGCUUCAUACCCAAAAUUCGGAAGUAAUGAAAAUGGACGUUUCUGAGCCCUCAAAACCACUACAGCAACAUUUGGCAACAAAAGAUCAUUUUACUCAGACAAAUCAACACGAUUCGAAAAACCAGUUUGUUUCUCUUAAUUCGAUAUGUUUCCCAGAAUCUAUGCUUCUCAGUGAUGAGAGGAAUAUACUGUCCAAUGUGGAUGAUAUCCUAGCAGCAACAGCAGCAGCCUGCGGAGUGACACCAUCUGACUUUGCCAAAUCAGCAUCUAACGAAGAGGAGAUCCGGUCUGUUGAAAACAGUGAGGAGUCUAAAACGCAGUUCCGAUCAAUGGAUGUAAGGCACGUAUCUUCUGGUUUCAGUGCCUCGUCUGCUGUAGUUGGAAAGCCAGCAAGCAUAAAUAAUAUUUCUCUUAAUGGAGGCCAAAUCACUAUAAAUCUUACACCGGUGUCAGCAAUACAGACAAAAGCUGUGAACCUUAAUCAUCAGCACAUUGACGCUUCUGAUCAAAAUGUACCAAGAAUGACCUCUCCCACGCUUGGCCCUGGUCAGGAGGAGCAAGAACAAAGUGCUGUCCCAGUUAAGAAACAGUCUAGCAUCAGUCGUGAAUCGGAAGAGGAUAACAAUGUUUCUGCUGAUGGUACACUGAAUGCCAGAGACCUAGACUUUGUUUCAAGCGGUAAGAGUCUAAGUGAAGAAAGUGCUGCUUCAGAGAAUGAUUUUAAUAUGAGUGGUGACGAUGGUACAGUAGCAGGUAACCAGUCAAAGGGUCCAUUGCAAUCAUUGCCUGUGCCCCAAAGUGGGGCUGAGGAAGAAUGCCAAGAUUUAAGUCAGGGGAACCUUCAGAAGAAGAAAAGCAAAGGAAAAAGCCAAAACAAAAAUGCUGCAGAAGAAGACAGUGCAAUUCAGAAACAGGUAAAGAGAAGCGGACAGUGUAAACGUCAGAACUCGAGAGGAAACGACUCUUGUUUGAUGUACUCUUCUCCUGUUUCUGAAAGUUGUUACGAUACGUAUCAGCAUCAGGAAAGAAUGAGGCAAAAAAUUAAAGAAGUUGAGGAAAAACAGCCUGAAGUGAAAACAGGAUUCAUUGCAUCUUUUUUAGACUUUCUCAAGUCUGGGCCUAGGCAACAGUUUUCAGCUCCGGCUGUGCGAAUGCCAAACAGGACGAGGCGACCGGUUACCCACGUGGUUCGUGGCCCUUGCCUGCAGUCACCCACAAAGCCUAUGCCAGCAGCAGCACCUGCAGCUUCUGAGGUCACUGGAGAAAGUCCAACGAAAAAAGCUGAUGAAGAACUUAAGAAAAAUUUAGAAACACUGCCUUCAUUUUCUUCUGAUGAGGAUGAUUCUGUGGGAGGUAACCACGAUCUUCAGAAGAGCAUCUCUACUGCGCUGUCAGCCCUGGAUGAUUCUUCUGACAGAAAGAACAAAUCAGAAGCUGAAAAAGUGCCAGUCGUUUCUGCUACCUCCACUGCUGCCACAAUAAAGCAGGAAUUGCCACAGAUGACAUCUCCUGUAGUCAGUGUGCAGGAGAAAAUGAGCUCAGCCGACUCCUUAAAAGCAGCUCAACAGGAUGCUGGGACCUGUGACCAGUUAGCAAAAAUCCAGGCGACUGUUGCAAUAGAAGGAGGUACUGAGGAGGAGAAUACGGACAGUGGAGGAGAGGGCAUGUACAGAGAGCGUGAUGAAUUUGUAGUGAAGAUUGAAGAUAUAGAGACACUAAAGCUUGCUUUGCAAACAGGAAAGGAGCCUCCAGCUAUUUGGAAGGUACAGAAGGCCUUACUGCAAAAGUUUGUUCCUGAAGUGCGGGAUGGACAGAGAGAGUUUGCUGCUACCAACAGUUAUCUUGGCUAUUUCGGGGAUGCAAAAACAAAAUACAAACGAGUGUAUGUGAAGUUCAUUGAGAAUGCAAACAAAAAGGAGUAUGUUAGAGUGUGUUCGAGAAAGCCACGAAGCAAGCCUGUACAGUCUGCAAGGACUAUUCAUUGCAAACCCAGUAGCAGCAACAACAAAGCACCUGAUCCACCACCCCCAAAACCAGCAGCAACAAAGGUCUCUUCUGUGAAACCCAAAGCUAAGCAGCCAAAAGUAAAGGCUGAACCACCUCCAAAGAAAAGGAAAAAGUGGAAAGAGGAAUUCUCGUCUUCCCAGUCUGAUUCUUCACCCGAGGCCCAAAGUGAAGAAGAUGAGCUUGUACCUCCGCCUCCAUUUGUGACUCGCUUUCUGAACACAAGAGCUAUGAAAGAGACCUUUAAGAGCUAUAUGGAGUUGCUUGUUAGCAUUGCCUUGGAUCCAGACACAAUGCAAGCCUUGGAAAAGAGCAAUGAUGAGCUACUUUUGCCUCACAUGAGAAAAAUUGAUGGCAUGCUGAAUGACAAUAGGAAAAGGCUGCUUUCCAAAUUGCGCCUGGAUAAUACUUUCAAGAGCGCUUUGGAAAUCUUUCCUGAACUCACAGUGAUCACUCGGGAUUCUAAGACAAAAAGCGGUGGAGCAUCUGUGUCUAAGAUCAAAAUGAAUGGUAAAGCUUACAACAAGAAAACACUGAGGGCCUCUAAAUCAACCACUAAAUUAGCACAGGAGUUUACGGUAGAUCCAGAAAAAAUACAGCUGUAUUCUUUGUAUCACUCACUCCAUCAUUACAAAUAUCAUAUAUAUCUGACAUGUAAAGAGGAGAUUUCUUCUGUUCAGAAGAAAAGUGCAGAUCUAGGACAGGAGGAGAUUGUGCAGCUGUGCAUGAAAAAUAUGAAAUGGGUGGAGGAUCUUUUUGAGAAGUUUGGUGAACUUUUGAAUCGUGUGCAGCAGAAAUGCUCCUAACAGAAAUGUAUUCCAAAUCUCACAUUUUUCUUCGGCACUAAUCUGAUGGAACAGAAAGCUCAGAGAGGCUCUGAUUUCUUUUACAAAGCCAGCCUGCGUUCUUGUUCAUAGGCAGUUGUAUUUCUCUUUAUGGAACUUUGUGCCUUGGCUCUUGCUAAGGAAAAGUGAUGCUGCCAAGGAAAUCAGCCCUUUGGAGAUGGAACUGAACGUAAACCUAACCACAUUGUUAACCUGGAGAAUUAUUUUUUUUUCUUUUUUGUGAACUAUCGGAUAACUUAGUUUUAUUUUCAGAAAUGUUUUUGACAAAUGAUAAAGCAUGCACUACAUAUUCUUUUUUUCUUUAUUGCUAAAAAGAUAUCGACACUUAAAAUACGACAGAUUUUUCCAUCUCUGACUAAGCAACAGAAAAGUCAGCAUUGGGGUACAUGUGUCUGGCUGCCAAACUGAGCUUUGUACAUCUUGUGAGCAGAGCCGGAGCGCCAUCAGUUUCUGUGAACAGGUGUUGCCACCAUCAAACCCAGAAAUGUCAUUAUGCUUUAUGGACUCCUUUUACUAUUGUCAUGUUCAGGAGACUGAACGUGGAGUUGGUGCAAUCCUAUGACUGCUUUUUUUUGUGUGUCAAAUUAUAUUGUAAUGAAAGACAAUGACCUUAACUAUUUUCCCCAUUUUGAAGAAAAAAAAUAUUUUCCUUUAUACAGUGUUUUUUUUUUUUUUCUUUUGGAAAAAAAAAUUCAAUUGUACAUUUUAUCUCACUAAUAGUUGUAUUUUUCACAGAGAAAAUAUUGUGGUUAAAAUUGUUUCAUGUAUCUUUGUAAUACUUUCCAUUGUUUCCAGUAAAUCCUAUUCAUUUAUGUUGAUUUCGUAUUGUAAACUAUGUAUCUCGAGGUAACCCUUUUGUUUAUACAGGUUUGCUUCAGUGUUAACCAGAAUAAUGCAUACUAGACUAGUUUUGCUUUAAGUGUAGUUGUGUUAGACACUGCAAGUAUCUUCUGACACAUGAAAAUAAAUUUCUUACUAAACUAGCACUUGAUUAACUGAGAGUUUAAAUGAGGAACUACUAUAUCUUGGUCAACAAAGAUUGCUGACUGAAUAGACUACAUGCAGUGUUAAACACAGCUUACCUAGUUGUCUGUAGAACUGGCAGUUGCAGAGCUGUUCUCUCUUUGGUGCCUUUCAAGUCUUCAGACAUUUUCCUGUAGCUUUUUUUGUCCCUCCGGUUUAACAGUAGUGCCACUAGUCAUUCUCAGACAAUGAAUGUAAUGGGCUGUAAUCAGGAGAACGUUUUCUUUAAAUUUGCCAACAGAAUGCCUUACUGAGUCAUUCAGAACGGAUAUUUACUGGGGUCCUGGAAAAAAGAAAAAAAAAACUCGUGGUGUUCUUUUCCAGAUAACAUAGGAAAAAAUAAUUCCUUUAUCUUCUAACUGCCACUUAGUGCCUUAAUUUCAGCCAAGAAAGCAGGGUUCACUAUUCAUUGGCCAAAUGAAAUAAUGUUCAUUGCCAUGUGACCUUUUUUCCUGUUGUCUGUUUUUAUCCUAUUUAGUUGUUAAACAUUCAUUAGACUUUAGAACUAUGAAGAGUUUAAUGAAUAGAUGUAAAAAUGCAAUUAUUUGAUCUCGAGUAAUCAAAUAGGUUUGAAUAUUAAAGUAUGUACAGAAUUUUAGCUGAUUAGUUUUAGAACUGUAUAGGAUGUUUACCAUAUUUCCAAAGCUAUUUGUCUUUUCAAAGCAAUAAUUCUCAUUUAAAACUUGUAUGCAGACUACAGUGAACAGAGAUGGUGUCACCUCUGCCUUUUUUAAAGCCUCGUCAUAACCCGGCUGCUUUAAAAAGGGAGGUCGCUAUCGAGUUACUAGAUGCGUUGUGCUACUGUGAUGUCUUUAUAAUCAAGGAGAGUGAAAUGGGCUUUUAUUUAGGAAGAACGUGCAGAAUGUCAGAGCAGUUGUGAAGCUAAUUCAUUUUUUCAGAGUAAGGAAGGGUAGACAUGAGCCUUGGAGGCUUGCGGUUGUUUCAGUCGCGCUGUGUUGAACGCGGCAGGAGCCAAAGCCUGUGGUUAACACGUGAAGCAGAGCUGCCAACGUCAGUGGCCAUCAGCUAAAAAUGGGUUUGCUGUAAAUACGCCAACUGGAGACGUGGUAGCUCUGAGCCUCUUGUGCCAUUUAAUCUGUAGCAUGAGUUCCCAAAUUUAUUUAGGGCAUUCCCUUAUUGGAGGGACAAUGGCAGCAGCAGUUCCCGGCUGCAUAGAUACAGGAGAGACAUUUAAUUGCACACGUGGUGUUCUGUUGGCCCCUUUCGGUGAAACAACAGAGUUUGGGAGUUCCUGGGCUGUGUUGCCAAGGAUGGUUAGGGUGCAGACUGAGGGAACAGGAGUUGUUGUCUCCUUGACUGUAAAGAACUCAUCGGACUCUUUGUCUCCUUUCCCUCCCUCAUAUGACUGAGAGCAACCAACAGAGAAAGCUUUUUGCUUUCUGAAAGAUUUCUACACCACUACUUUACAGCUCUCUAGAGUUCUGAAUCUAGAAGUAGCUUUAGGAAACUGGUUGUUUUCAUCCAAGUCCUUAGAAACUGAAGGAAAAAAAAGAGAUGAGAGGGUUUUGGAGCAGUUUGUCCCCAUUUAAUAGGAAGGUGAAUUCUGGUGACGACCAUCUAGAUAAGUAAAUAAAGAUGGCCAGGAUGCUCUGCAGUGCUGGAGAGGAUGACCUGGCUGAUUUUUGGCUGGAUUAUUCCCCAGCCCAGUUAAACAAGCCCUGUGCCUGUAGAGGAAAAACUUGUCUAACUGCCCCAGACUACUGCAGAUGUAGCAGAGCUGCCAUCUUUGUCAUGGGCUACAAAAAUGGUGGCUGGAUUUAUUAGUUUACCAUUGAGGAUGAAUAAAAGCACAGAACUCUCAAGUGUGCAAAGGAUCAUAAACAAGAACAAAGUUUUGUUAGUGGGUCUGAAAAGGUUUUUUUUAUACUGAAGCAAACUGAGAAAAAAUGUCAAUGUACAGAUAAUUCUUCUUGCACAAAUACUUUGUUGCGUUUUAGAUAACUCUGCACCCACAGCUCCAACUUCUGUCUUCUUCUUGAAGCAACAGUGACAUCCUUAUCCUUGAAUGUCUAACAGUGGAAACUGAGCACUCACAUCUGCAAGAGAAGAUGCACUAGGAAGGAACAGAACCCUCUUUAGACUAUGAAUUAGCAAAGCAGAAAUUAAACUAAUUGUGCGAUGAAACUUUUUAUUUCCACUGUCAUUUCCUUUAGUAUGGCAUCCCUGUUUACAUUGGGUUUGUUUUGUAUUGAAAUACAGUAUUUCUCUUAAAGGCAGGUUUUCUUAGAGAUGCUACUUCCAAAGUUUUGCUAGCAAAACAUCGGAGACAAAAUUGGAUUGAAAAACUGUGUCUGAAAAUGGCUAAGGACUUCAGGAUCUUCAGAGCUCUGCGACGUGUAUCGUAUUCUUAUGUUGUCUAAAUGAAAUACUACUUUUUAAAAAGGCAAAUCUUACAGGCUGUCUUCCAAGUAAAUGAUUUCCGUAAGGGAAAUAUAUUUUAAAUAUUAUUUAAAUAUUUACUACUAUUUAAAACGAUUUUAAAACAGAAGAGCUAAAACUACGGUCACAAAAUGUCGGUGUGUCAUUGGUCAUUUCAUUGCUCACUGCUAACACAGGACGUUGGGUCUGUCACACACACGUGCAUGGCAGUGUGCACGUUCUGUCAUAUCUUAUUGUUUAAGCUACUCCUGACAUGUCAUUGUUAACACAUGCAUGUUUUCUGCAUAUCUCCUCUACGUAUGGGAAGAAAAAAAAAACAAAAAAAAGAA